UAACAGCCAUCUACUAUAUCUUCAUCUAUGAUUUGUGAAUAAAGUAAACUUUUCAACUGUCGCUAAUACUCACAGAACGCUAUUAGUUCUCCGAAAUCGAGAAGGCGAUUUUUAUGUUAAUUUGUGAUUAAUUCAGUACUGUAAUCAGUAGGUAUCACAAAAUUUUGGAAUCUUUACCUAUUGUUAUAGUCUAGAUAGACUUUAUCACAUGAAGAAAUUUAGGCAAUGGCAUCACCCCAAAAUAUUACGGUGGAACAAAUGAGAGCUAUUCUCGAUGAGAUUAUUAAUACCUUGGAAUCGCCGGAGUACUCAUCCAAGUUGGACGAAGCAAAAGAAGCUGCUGGUAAUGAAAUGUUAAAAAUGAUGCAACUAGUUUUUCCAAUGGUUGUACAAAUAGAAAUGGAAACCAUAAAGCGUCAUGGAUUCACUAGUUCGAGGGAAGGUAUAGUACAAUUUACUCAAAUGGUGCGUGAGUUGGAGAGUGUUGACAGUGAAGUAGCUCGUCUCCACAGUCUUAUUCGUAAUCAUUACCUGCCUCCAGUCUCAAUAAGCUCUACUGUAGACACAUCAUUAUAAGCUGAAAG